AUGUACAUCCAUAACUUGGGUGCUCAAUCUUUAGCCAGUCUGGGGGAUCGCUUGGCGGAAGAAAAUGAGGGGGAGCCGGUUGAUCAUUACACCCUAAUCAAGACGGCGUAUACCAACAAGAAGACCGGCGAGAUUGAUGAUGGUGUUGUGAGGGAUGUGGUCUCCCUCAUCGACAGUCAGAUGGAAGAGGAAGUGUCUCAGCUUCAAACCGAGGAUGACGAUUCGACGGGAUCGACCGGCUUGCCUCGGGUUCGGAUCAACCAAAUCGUUGAAGCGGCGGUUCCAAAGAAGAAGGGCCGUUUGUUCGGUUUGGCUCGUCGGUCCAGCUCGGUUCCGUCUGCUUCUGCACCACCACCGUCCUAUGUUGAUCAAGAAGUCCUUCUGAGUCAGAUGAGGGACAAGGAUGCUCGCAUAUCUGCGUUGGAGUCCAUGGUGGCGAGUCAAGAGGCGGGCUGGGAGGCACAAAGGAAUCUCAACGAGCAAAUGAUGGCGAUGAUGAGGAGCAUGAACCCGAACUUGGAGUUCCCGACCAUGCCAGACCCGAACGCCCAAAACCGUAGUUUAAUUCUUGUCAAAACUUGA